AUGGCAGAUGAAUUCAAUGCUGCGUCUUUGGCGGCUCUUCGGGUCAAUAUUCUAGCCAUAGGUGGAAUUAUUAAUACUGUCAUUCCACUUCUCAAUUUCAUCUUCGCAGUUCUAAACGUCUCUCUUAUAAUAGGAAUGAUGCAAGCAAAAUUGUUGAGGAUUGAGGCAAAGUCAAAGUUGGCGCUGAACGAAAUGUACAGUAGAGAUAUGCACCCGAAACUAAAAAUGUCAAUGAUGCAGAAUAUAACAAAUGCGAGCCAAUUACCUGCGUGGUUUGAAAUGAUAAAGGAGCCUGGGCUUUUCGAUGACUUGAACGGACCUCUUCCGGGCGGACCACCAAUCGGAAUUUCCAACAUUGUUCGUCACAGAGCGUCAAAGAAGGACGACGGAAGUGCAUCGACGACAAUCAAAAAUGAUGCGUCGAGCACUAGCGUAACGUCAAGUGCAAUGGGCGCUUCUUCUCAAAUGAGUCAAUCGAAGAUGUAG